AUGCUUGAGCUCAGCAUGCCCGGGUCCCAGCUCCUUCUGCUCGCCCUGCUCUGCGGAGGCUCAGCCCUGGCCGGGAGGCUGCUGGCCCAGCAGGGCUGUGCCGAGGGCCCGACGUUCUGGUGCCGGAGCCUGGCGACGGCCGUGCAGUGCGGUGCAGUGCAGAGCUGUGCCCGGGCCGGGUGGAACCAGGCUGCUAAGGAGGACAUGUGCGCGGACUGCGGACAAAUUAUCACCAUCCUGACUCGCAUGGCCAAGGAUUCAGCCUUCAAGGACAGCAUCCAGAAGUACCUGACCCAUGAGUGCACCCUGCUGCCUCUGAGCAUCCUGGUGCCACACUGCCAGAAGGUGGUGGACACAUACUUCACCCUCUUCAUCACCUGCCUGGAGGGGCAGAUCAAACCCGCCUCCAUCUGCGGCAAGCUGGGCCUGUGUCCCACGGACCCGUCGCAGGACAAGAGCUCGGACAAGUGUGUUCUCCAGCUGCUGCAAGGUCUCCACCUGGACCUUCCAGAUGGUCAGACCCAGGGAGGCCCCAGCAAGGACCUGCCAUUCCCGCUUCCGCUGUGCUGGAUGUGCCGCUCCUUCGUCGGCCGGAUAGAGUCCACCAUCCCCAAGGGGGCCAUCGCCAAGUCCAUGUCACAGCUCUGCCAUCUCUUGCCGGGCACCAUUGGUGGCACGUGCCAGGGCCUGAUGGAGAAAUACACCACCACUGUGCUGGACCUGAUCCUGGACAAAGUGGGCCCACGGCUGAUCUGUGGGAUGCUCCUCAUGUGCGCCACGGGGGAGAACUGCAGCCCGGAGCCGCCCCUGGUGCCGCUCCUUGCCCGGAGCACCGAGUGCCAGGCCUGCGUCACUGUCAUGGGCCUGGCGAAGUCGACCGUGCAGGUGAACAGCACUGCGGCAGACGUGGAGGCAGCUCUGCUUGGGGCCUGCAGCGGUGCCCACCUGGGCUGGCAGGAGUGCAAGAGCUUCAUCGAGCAGCACCAGCCCCGGCUGCUGACCUUGCUGCCAAAGGCCUGGGACCCCCAGAGCAUGUGCCAGGAACUGGGCGCGUGCAAGGCUGGGACGGGCCCUGCUCCCGGAGCCGAGGGCUGCACGCAGGGACCAGCCUACUGGUGCUCCAGCCUGGAGGCUGCCGAGCAGUGCCAGGCUGUGCAGCACUGCCAGGCCCAUGGCUGGGCAUAGCUGGAGACACGCCAGGCUGCUGAGCCAACUCUCCCCUGCCUGCACCCCCAGCCCAGCCGAUCCCCCUCCUCCACCAAGGGCAGCCUCCACUUUCAGUCUCACCCCCUCGAGAGCGAUUUCUUCCCCUCUGCCACCCCCUCUCCGGCCAGCCUUGGCUACCUCCUCAGUGCUGCUGUCCCAUACCCAUGCUCUGCCCCAGGGCGCGUGCACCAAGAGUGACGCCUGCGGCUCCAGGGCUGCUGGGUUAGGCCGUGGGCUGGCU